GGUAGCUAGCUACCAUGGACAGAAAUGUGUGCGUCUCUCUUGUGAUCCUUGCCCUUGUGCUCGCUUGCCCAGACACCAAGGCGGCGGCGGUCUACAACGUCGACCAGGCGGUGAUGCCAAAGUCGUCGUCGUCGUCGAUGAGGCUGGAGGAUGUAGUGGCGCCGGAGCUCGCGGUGGUGACGACGAUGGACCUGGACGUGCGCAGCCGCGUCUACGGCGCCGGCGACAUCUCCAACGGAGCCCUGGACGCCAACAAGCCACGCUGUGUCCGUAACUGCCCGGCGCCGGCCGGUUAUCCGUACACGGGCCGGGGAUGCAACAAAUACUACGAUUGCCGUGAUUGACAAGGGCAGUGAGCCAGUGAAUGGAACGGCGAUACCUCCAAGAAAUCCAUGCUCUAUUUCCAAUAUUCAUGUUGCAUGCAUCUCUGUAACGUUGUUGCUAUCGCCAUAUGUGUUGAAAUAACUUUUUUAGCA